CUCUCUGCAUGCACAUGGACUUGGACAUGCAGGCCAACGUACCAUCGGCUCACCUAGCUAGCUAGAGAAACAGAGGCAAAGAAACACGGGACGGGACGAAAGGAACCUUGUGACAAGGAGAGGAUCGGAGAGAAUGUCGGCGGCGGUGGUGAACAUGUCGUCGGAGGCGACGGUGAAGCCUGUGGCGGCGGCGUGCUACGACAACAACCUUGUCAACUCGCAGGGCAUGUUCCUGGGCGACCAGCCCCUGCGCUUCUCCCUCCCGCUCCUCCUCGUCCAGGUCUCCCUCAUCCUCCUCCUCUCCGCCGCCGCCCACCUCCUCCUCCGCCGCCUCGGCCAGUCCCGCUUCGUCACCCACAUGCUCGUCGGCAUCCUCCUCGGCCCCUCCGUCCUCGGCCGCAGCGCCGCCUUCCGUGCCGCCCUCUUCUCCGAGCGCGGCACCUACAUCCUCGAGAGCGUCUCUCUCGUCGCCCUCAUCCUCUUCCUCUUCUCCAUGGGCGUCAAGACCGACCUUAGCCUCCUCCGCCGCCCCAGCGGUCGCGCCCUCGCUGUCGGCCUCACGGGCGCCGUCGUCCCGCUCGCCGUCACCAUCCCCGUCUUCCACGUCCUCCAGCCCUCCCUCCCCGACGACCUCCGCGGCACCUCCCUCAUCACCGAGCUCGCCGUGCGCCUCUCCCUCUCCUCCUUCCCCGUCAUCGCCGACGCGCUCUCCGACCUCGACCUCCUCAACACUGACCUCGGCCGCAUCGCGCUCACCGCCUCCCUCAUCACGGACGUCACAUCAUGGUUCCUCCGCGCCUGCUUCGCCGCCGGCUUCCUCGUCACCGAGGCCAAGUCGCCCGCCUUUACUGCCAAGAUCCUCGCCUCCUUCGUGGCCUUCGUCCUCUUCGUCGCCUUCGUCGCGCGCCCCGCCGGCCGCUACAUCGCCCACAAGCGCACCCCGACGGGGGCCCUCCUUUCCGAGGGCUCCUUCGUCGUCGUCGUCAUCGCCGCACUGCUGUCGGCGCUGGUGACCGACGCCAUCGGGUUCAAGUACAUGAUCGGGCCCAUGAUGCUGGGGCUAGCGCUCCCCGGUGGCAUGCCCAUUGGCGCCACCAUGACAGAGCGGCUCGACUCCUUCUUCAUCGCGUUGUUCUUGCCGGUGUACAUGGCGCUGUCGGGCUACCGCACGGACUUCGCGGAGCUGAUCGGCAAUAAAGCCACGGAGAAUUGGUGCGCACUGGAGCUGUUCGUGGGGCUCUGCGUCGCCGGCAAGCUUGUGGGCUGCGUCGCCGCCGGGCUCUUCUUCGCGAUGCCGUUCCGGGAGGCCACCGUGCUGGCGCUCAUGCUCAACAUCCGCGGCAUCGUGGAGGUGGCGGCCAUCAACAACUGGGGCGACACCAUGAAGGCGACGGCGGAGCACUACUCCAUCCUGACGCUGUCCAUGGUGCUCAUCACGGCGGUGUCGACGCCGCUGAUCAAGCUCCUCUACGACCCGACCGGGCGGUUCGCGCGGGCGAAGCGGCGCACGCUGGAGGACGCGCGGCCCAGCGCCGACCUCCGCGUGCUCGCCUGCCUCUACAGCGAGGAUCACGCCGCGCCGCUGAUCGACCUGCUGGAGGCGUCGGGGUCCUCGCGCGACUCCCCCAUGUCGCUCAUCGUGCUCCACCUCACGGAGCUCGUCGGCCGCGCCGCCUCCGUGCUGAAGCCGCACCGCAAGUCCAGGUCGUCGUGCAGCAACCCGACGCCGUCCGACCGCAUCGUGAAUGCGUUCCGGUACUUCGAGCAGCAGGCGGCGCCGGGCGCGGUGACGGUGAGCCCGUACGUGGCGCAGGCGCCGUACACCUCGAUGCACCACGACGUGUGCUCGCUGGCGCACAGCCGCAAGGCCAACCUCAUCCUGCUGCCCUUCCACAAGUCCUCCGACGGCGCGCGCAGCACGGCCAACAACGCCAUCCGCUCCAUCAACCGCUCCGUGCUGCAGUACGCGCCCUGCUCCGUCGCCAUCCUCGUGGACCACGGCCUCGCCGCCGGGUCCGCGUGCGCGACCGCGGCCAACAGCCUGCUGCAGAGGGUGGCCUUGUACUUUUUGGGAGGGCCGGACGACCGGGAGGCGCUGGCGUACGCGGCGCGGAUCCCUGAGGCCGGGAACAUGUCGCUGACGGUGGUGCGGUUCAGGCUGCGGAACUGGGUGGGGAUGGGCGGGCGCGACGAGGUGAGGGACGAGGAGGUGCUGCAGGACUUCUGGAACAGGCACAGGGACAACGAGCGCGCCGUGUACGUGGAGAAGACGGUGGAGGACGGCGAGGGCACGGCGUCCGCGGUGCGGUCCAUGAGCGACAAGUUCGACCUGCUCAUCGUGGGGCGGCGAGGCGGCGGCGACAACGACGACCUGGAGGGUUCGGCGGCGCUCACCAGCGGGCUGUCAGAGUGGAGCGAGUGCCCGGAGCUGGGCGUGCUGGGUGACAUGCUCGCCUCCGCCGAGUUCGCGUCCAAGGUGUCCAUCCUCGUCAUCCAGCAGCAGCCGGCCAGGACCGCCGCCGCCGCUAACACUGAUCCGUAGGGAGGGAUGGAUGGAUGCAUGGAUCACUUCACUUCAGUUCAUCAACUAGCUAGCUAGUCGUCGGAUAGGAAUUGCUCUGCAUUUCUCUCCCAGAAAGCAGAGCAACAUUCAUACCGUCGGCUUCUUUACCUUUCUCUUUCUCGUCAAACAACUCUCAUUCGCGCCAAAAUAUAUAGUGCU